AUGAAUAGACAACAUAUAAAUCGAUAUCUACAAGAAUUUGAUAAACCUUCAACUUUAAUUUCAUGGAGUAAAAAUGGAUUCAUAGUUUAUGUUUCACCAACAAUUGAAUCUGAAGAUAAUUUAUAUUUAACUUAUCUUGAAAAUAUUGAUGGGAAAUCAUGGAAAUUAGCCAAACCUCAACCAAUUAAUGUAAAACUUGAAAAUAAUUUUUCAUCCGAAAUUUCUUUGGUUUGUUGGAGUUCUUUAAGUACUGAUUUAGCCGUAAGUGAUGUUUUUGGUAAUUUCUAUAUUUUAUUGUCAGGAGUUCGUUUAUUAGAUCUGAAAAAUGAUUCUUCACCCAAUUAUGAAUUAACAAGUUAUAAUCAUAUGGAAAUGAUUUACCGAGAUAUAAUAAAUCAAGAUAUUAAAUCUACAAUAAAUCUAGGAGCUUCUAUCGUCGCAUUUAAAUGGUUAAAUAUUGAAAAACAUCAAUUAUUAAAUAAACCUGCAAAAUUAGAAAAUAAUGAAUUUAUUUAUGGGGUGGGUCAAUAUCCACCUUAUGGUAUUACUCAUCCUAUAUCGACGAAACAAGCAUGUGUUGCAUUAAGAAGAAACGGUCAAUUUAUGCUAUAUUACCAAGGUGAACAUAAAGUUGAAUAUCAUAAGACGUUAAUAAAUUUGACUGAACAAGUAUUAUAUAUACAAAAAGCUUCUAUUGGGUUCAACAAUAAGGAUAUUAUAGUGACAAUAUGGGAUUCUUUGAGUAAUAGAAUAGUGACUUAUUCAAUUGCAAUAGAAUGGGGUUUUUUGGUUGAAUCUGCAAAAAAGCAAAAAGUUGACCCCCAUUUUCAUACACCCAAAGAACUACAAAAACCGCCAAAAUUAAGCAUUUCCAAGAUUCAUGAAAUGAUGCCAGAAGGUGAGGUUUCAUCAAUUGAUAUAAUAUCUACAAAUGCAGAAAAAUCUCCUUUAAAUAUUUUAGUAAGUUAUGAAUCAACAAUUUAUAGAUAUCAAAUAAUUCCUUCUAUAAAUCUAAUAUCAGAUGCAUUUAUUGACUUGGGUGUCAAAAAAAACAUCGAAUUAGAAGAGAAACAAAUUUUUACAUUACAAUUACAAGAUAAAUUGGUACGAGAUGGUCAAGUUCAAUCAAUAAUUUCUGGACCAUCUGAUCUUCACAUAAUGAUUAUUUACAAGCAUGGUAGAAUUGAUGUUAUAGAUGUUUCAACUUGGAAGAUAGUGGGCGAGCUGUCUCAGACUAUAUCUACUUUAUUUGAGGCAGGGUAUGUAUUUCCAGAACUUGAAUCUAAUUUAAUUUUAACUGUUUCUCCUAAUAUGUCAGCUGUUGUUUAUACAAAGAUUUACAAUAUGGACAAUGAAUUAAAAAUACAACCUUUAAUUAAAAAUCUGGAUAAUUUAUACAAAAUAUCAGUUGCUUUUGCUUACAGACAUGCAUACUCAUGUUAUACCAAUACAUGCUCUGAUGAUUUAUUGUUACUAAUUGAACCAGAAGAUAAAUUCAUUACUCAAAUUAUUAAGGAAUGUCAUAAAUCACUCAAUUUUCAAUCAGAUUCAUUUAAUAAGGAAUCAGCUGAUAAAUUAUUAUCUAAUCCACCAUUGCAAAAAUUGUUAUCAUUACAAUAUACUUUAGGUGAAUUGCAAAAUAAUUCAAUGCGCGAUUUAGCAUGGAUUGUAUUAAAUUUAAGAAGUACGAGUUUUGCAAUUAUGUUUACAUUAUCAAGUAUUUAUAGACAAUUGUCUAAGAAAAAAUCUGAAGAUCGUUUACAAGAUGCAGUCAUUAGAGGUGAAUGUAUUUUAUCAUUAAUUGGAAAUGUACAAUGGCUAAUUGACUUGAUAGCAUAUAUAACUCAAGAAUUACUACUGCUAACAUUUCGUACCAAACAUUCAAAACCUAUUGAAAAGGCAUUACCAUUAUUGAUAAAUAAAAUUCCAAGAUUAUUUUUAAUGUAUGCUGUUCCAUCAAUUCAAAAAUUUUAUGAAAUAAUUAAAAAAUUUUGUAAAGAUGUCAAUUUAUUAAAACCAAUGAAAGAAACAUUAAAUAGAUUCUUUUUGAUAUAUGAUCCAAUAUUGUUUCAAAAUUUUCAAAGUUUUUUAUUAUUUAUUGAUGCACUCAUAACGAAAGAGUAUAAUGGUAAGGAAAACCUCAUUAUCAAUCCAAUUUCAGAUUCAAAUAUAGGUAAUUUGAUACUUGAAAGGUUUAGUAUUAUAAUAUCCAAAGAAAGCAAGAGGUCUGAUUUAUAUUUUCAUGAUACUAGAUUAAUACAAGAAAUGAAUUCAUCUAUUGACGGUUUAAGGAAAAUAGUAUUGAAUGAUGCAAAAACAAGAAGAUGUACAAGAUGUAGAGCAAAUUCAUUGAUUAAAGAUCCAUUAGUAUUUGACCAAAAUGUUCCACUAUGGACUAUGGUGUUUCAAAGAAAUUGCAUAUGUGGUAAUAGUUGGGUAAAUAUAUAA